AUUUCACAGAAAACAAUUUAAAUUUUUGGAACAUUUGUAGUGCUCACUGCUUAUGCAUGGAAAAACAGUUUGCCAAUUUGGUUGCAAUCGAUAGCAAUUGGUUAAAUACACCAUCUGCUAAGGAUUACAUUGCUUCAUUAUUACAUCAGAAUGAAAGAAGACACUUCGGACUUCUUGAACGACCUUCACUAUCCCCAAGCAAGGACAUCGACAUUAUAAAAUACAAGGUUUUUCUCUGUGGUAAGUCUGGUGGUGGUAAAACUGCAACUGUGGCAAAUAUCAGUGGCUGCGGUAUACCAAAGACUGUAAACGAAACUGGUGGAAUUGAAACAACCAUUAUAUAUUGGCCCGCUCGAUUGCUUUCAACAGGAAAACUUGUGUUCUUUUGUCUCCAAUUUUGGGACGUAGGAGACCAUGCAGUUAAAAAAUUUGAUCACAUUCUACCAUCAUGUGUAUCUAAUGUUGAUUGUAUAAUGCUUAUUUUUUCUCUCACUGAUCGAAGCAGUUUUCAUGAAAUUCCACAAUUACUAAACCAGCUACCUGCUACUGAUGAAAGACCACCUGUUCAUAUUGUGGUGGCAACAAAAAAAGACCAGUUUAUCCACAGUGAUGUUUCUGAAAAUGAAAUGUUAAAAUUUUCCCAGUUAAGAAACAUUCCAAUUUUUAAAAUGAGAAACAAAACAACUUUAAAAGGAAAAGAACAUAUCUUUGAGAUUUCCUCUUUCAUGAACAGACUUUGUGACUUGUUAUUGCAGAGAGAUCAAAAGAUGGCUGAAAGUGUGACGAGAGAAGUUCAGUAAUUUUUUAAGUUUUGGUCCACAACAUAGGUUUUUUCGGUGUAUGUGUUUAUAUUAUAUUAACCUUUAUCUUUUAUGUUUGUACAGAUUGUACAGUAAAGAUUAUAUAUAUAUAUAUAUAUAUAUAUAUAAUAUAUACUAUUAUUAAAUAAAACAUUUCUGUAUUAUACUUACGCCCCACAAUCUAUUAACAGUUGCAACUAGACACUGUAAUUUAAUGUGACUUUUUUUUAAAAAAGCAUGAGAUAGUAGUCAAUUAGAAUAUUCACUGUUGGUGUUAGCUAUAAACACCAUUUUGUUUGUAGUCGCAUGCUUUUCAGGUUAUAUAUUUAUUAUAUCUCAUAGGACAAAAUGUAAUACUAGUUGCCCAUAUAGCUAUAUUCUGACGUAGUUAUGUUUAAUACAUUGAUCAGUUGUGCAAAUUGAUUGUAAUUUGGGAAAAGUAUUUUUAUUGGCAAGGUUCAAGUGAUGAAGUGAACCCUGUUUACAACCUAAAUGUCCGUCACAAGUUUUAUACUAGACAACUAUCCACUUUUAG